CCAUGGUCCUAAGCUCCCCCAAGUCACAAGUACAAGUCACAACCCGACUCCCAAUUCUUUCUCUCUACAUUUUCUGUCUUCAGAAAGAUAAACCCAAACCCAGUUAAAGAGAGUUAUGGUGAUGGACAAGAACCAGCUGUUUGUGACCGUGCCGAGCUUCUUCAAAUGCCCGAUCUCGAUGGACGUGAUGAGGUCACCGGUGAGCCUCUGCACCGGCGUCACCUACGACCGUACCAGCAUCCAGACCUGGCUCGACUCCGGCCACAACACCUGUCCCGCCACCAUGCAGGUCCUCGACACCACCGACUUCGUCCCCAACCUCACCCUCCGCCGCCUCAUCCACCUCUGGUCCGAUCAGCCGCCGGAGUCUGACCCCUCAUUCAAACUACCUCCUCCAAUCUCAAAGCAAGAAGUAUUUCAGUCGAUUAGAAACAUCGACAACCAUGCCGAUGAUCGCUUGAUUUCUCUCCGCAAAAUCAUUGGCUUCGCUAAGUACUCCGACGAAAAUCGCAAGUUUCUGGCAACGAUGGAUGGAUUUUUACCGACUAUGAUCGGAGUUCUCAGCAAUGCCAAUGAAAUUGAGGUUAGAGAAUCAAUAAUAACCGUUCUGGAUUUGAUUUUGUCUGAGGAUGGAGUGAAAGAACAGCUGAAAAGACUGAUUCUCAAGAGCAAUCAAAAUAGUUUGUCGCAAUUCGUUUCGACUCUUCAAAACGGCAAUUUGAGGUCGAAGAUCGAAUCCGCUAGGGUUUUGGAAUCAAUCGCAUUCGAUGCGGAAUCGCAACGUUCAAUCGCCGAAAAUCAGGGAUUACUAAACGAACUGUACCGUUUGAUCAGCUCGGAGACCGACCGGACGGUGAUCGAAGCCGGUCUAUCGGUCCUAAUCGCCGUGUCAACCUCGAGACCAGUCAAGAAAGAACUCGUCCGGUUCGGAAUUGUACGAACCGUAGGGAGAAUCCUCUCCGGCUCCGACACGGUUGUUCCGGUGAUCGAGAAGGCACUGAAACUGUUGGAGAUACUGUCGACGUGUACGGAAGGCCGGACGGCGAUCUGCGACGACGAGACAUGCGUGCCGGCGAUCGUGCAUAGACUGAUGAAGGCAUCGACUGCGGCAACGGAGCACGGGAUUGUGGUGCUCUGGAGCGUAUGCUAUCUGUCCCGCGAUCGGACGGCGCAGGAGGCGGUGAUGAAAAUCAACGGUCCGACAAAAGUUUUGGUUGUGAUGCAGAGCAAUUGUUCAGCGAGCGUGAGGCAGAUGUGUGGAGACCUGGUUAAGGUGUUCCGAGUUAACUCAAAAUCGUGUUUGGCGAGUUAUGACACGAAGACCACUCAUAUUAUGCCUUACUGAUUCAUCCUACGAACCAAAAUCAUUUGAUGUGGUUUUGUUUUGUUUCUCCCUAAUUAUACUCUUCUCAUUAACAUGAUCAGAUAGGCCAAUGUUGUAAAUGAAAAACAAAUUUAUUGAUACAAAUAUAACCAAAAAAAAAAAAAAUCAAAACAAAUCAAUUUUGUUGGUUCUGAUACUAAUUUGAGAAAUUUGAUACCAAUUUGAGAAAUUUUUGGUUA